AUGGCGAUGAAUAUCCAGCUCCUGGGAGUUAUCCAGAAAAUGCAGGCAGAGAUCAACAGGCUGGAGACAGAGAAUCAUGCCCUCCGGACGAAGCUGAUAGCAGGCAGUGAGAGGAUCUCAGACUCGGAAGGAGAUCCAGAAAGGGAAAGGGAAGAGGAAGUCGCAAACCUUGGUAAACUAGACAAAGUGCCCAGACGGUGUCCAGCACCUCAGCAUGAUGGUGUCUCCACCCAUGAAGCAUCGGCUGUGCAGGAACACCCAGGCAAUGUCAUGAUUGUGAGGCGCUAUUCCAUUCCCUCACCUACUCAUUCAUUGGCCAAAAUCGAUCCUUGGGACAACAGGAAAAGAUAUGCAAAUGAUGGAAUUCUUGAAGUUCGUGAGACAGUUAAAUCACUGGAAUGUUCGUCAAGUACAAAAGAAGAAAAAGAAGAAAAGAUGGUUGCAGCAGAUUCUAUAACCAGCCAAAGACCCUCACCUGAGCACAGGCUGGGGGGCAGAGACAAGAUAAAAACAGUCAGUUUCCUGUUACCUGUGGAUAUGUCUGCAUAUUCCAAACCAUUAGAUCCUUUGGAAUGUUCACCAGAUCAAGCCACAAAUGAGCUAAGCACCAUUGCAGAAUAG